GCAAGCCGGCCGGCAUUGCAAACCAACAGGCAACAGACAUGGCCGUCGAAGCUUCGGCUGCCCGCACGCUACCCCUGCCGCAAAGCUAAUCAUAAUAAGCUUCGUGGUGCGAUAGGCACGUCACGUCACGUCGGCAGCGCGCGGCGGCAUCCACCUCCAUCCGUCCAUCGUUGGUCGCAAGGGAGCGCGAGAGAGGGAGGAGAGAAUGAGAGCCCUCGCCCUCACGCUGCCAGCUCUUGUCCUUGCUGCUCUCCUAAGCUGCACCCCCGAGAUCUCUGCCGUCAGAGUCCCGGCGGCCACUCUCGCCGACCAGACGAGCAACCGGCGGGGCGCCUCGUCGCCACCGGCGGCAGCCGAGCAGCCAACAAGGAAGGCGGCGAGCGACGAUGACGCUGCCGCCGCCGCCGCCGCCGCAAGCAGCGCCAGGGCCAGCAGGCUCGACGACGCGUCCGCCAGCUGGAAGGCGCCCGCGGUUGCCGGCGGCGCCUCGUAUUCCCCUCCUCCGUCGGCCGUGUUCGACCCCGAUAGGAUGAGCAAGCGCCGCGUCCGCAGAGGCUCCGACCCCAUCCACAACAAGUGCUAGCUGAUCCCGAGUGUGCGUCCGUGGCGAGUUCUCGUCAAGUGUCGAUUCUCUCGCUUUGUUUCCUCCGCCUCUCCAUUUCUCUAAUCUGCUCCUUCGCUUUAUUUUUUUUUUCUUCUUCUUCUUUCGUUACCACUUUUUUUUUCUCUUCUCUUUGAGGUUUGACCGUUUGAGCGCGCAGUUCUGCUGCCUACCGUGUUGUAGGGCGCAGUCGGUUUUGUGCUACAGAAAUACUUGUACAGAGAUGCAUGCAUGCCAAUGAAAGGCGAAUGCCGGUCGAAUGGACACGCUGCCGCACCUUGCAAGC